UGCUUAACUUUUUAGAGAGAGAGAGAGAGAGAGAAAUAAUGGGAUAGUGGGUGCACAACUAAAGAGACUUGCAGCGAUGAACAUGGAAUAAGAGGAGGGAAGCCAGGAAGAAAGAAAGCUUGAUUCUUAAGCUUCAAAGAAAAUCACAAAUAUACACAAUAAACUAUUGCUUAUUUUUCUCUAAGUAAGAUAUAUGUAUAUUUUUAUGGGAAUGUCAGAUAGAGCUUAGUGGUCACUAGUCUCUCACACACACACACACUCCAACUGUUUUUUUCUUUUCUGAUAUAUUAAUUCAACAAGCCUUAUAUUAUAUAUCUUGCUUCUCUGUCUUAUUAUCCACCUUGUUGCUUUUUUAUUUUUUACACUCUUUCUGAGUCUUUGUCUCUGUAUCCCAGUUGAGAACCACAUUGCUCUCAUGCACCAAUUUGAGUAAUACACUAAUACCAUAGUACCCACCUCUUUGCAGCAGCAAAGUCAGUUUAUCUCUUUGUGUUUGUCUUCUUUCUCAUCUCAGAAUAUGUCUCUGUCUGCACCUCCUCACUUCCCAUUUGGCCACCUCACGUCUCUGUCUCUAUUGGGUUGUUAAAGUUUUUUUUUUUCUUUUCUUUUCUUUUCUUUCGGAUGCAACUUCCAAAAAAGGAAUCUUGAUUUGAGUUGGGCUUUUCUUAUAUUAUAAUGGAAAUUUGCUGUGAUCUUGAAGUGGAUGUCAAUGGGGAAGAGACUUUCAUGGUGGACAAGAAAAUUAUUACUUCUUAUUCGGGUAGAUUGAGCAAAUUAUUUGGUAAGACAAAAGGUACCACGAGAAAUCUUAAAGUGAUUUUCCAUGACUUUCCUGGAGGAGCAGAGAGUUUUGAGCUCAUGUCUAGGUUCUGUUACAACAAUGGCAAGACUCAAAUAAGUCCUUACAAUAUAUGCCUCCUGCAUUGUGCUGCCCAAUUCAUGGAAAUGAACAAUUCCAUCUCUGGAACCCAUAAUUUAUUAGAACAAACAGAUAAAUCACUUAAAGAGAUCAACUAUUGGACAUGGUCUGAGCAUUUGAUUGCUUUGAAGCAAUGUCAGGAUCUUCUUCCAGAUGUGAAUUCUUCAGUCAUACUUCAGAAAUGCUUGGAUUCUCUUGUUGGCAGGCUGGCUUUGACUAAUGAAGCAAGUCCAUGUCCAUCUACUUCUUCCCCGGACAGCUCUGGGUUUCGGUUUUCUUGCGACACUAAAAGCACUGAAAGUGUAAAGACCAGCUCCUCUCGAGCAACUUGGUGGUAUGAAGAUCUUUUGAUUCUGAGUCCUAAUCUGGUUGAAAUGUUGGUAAAAUCAAUGGUCGAACGAAAAUUUAACCAUGUUAUCAUUAGUAGGUUCCUCUUUUAUUAUCAUAAGUCAAAGUUUUAUACUGCCACAUCUGAUGAGAAGCGAAAAAUUGUAGAAACUGUGAUUGAUAUGCUUUAUACUCUUGAUUGGAGCUCUGUUUCUUACAAGAGUUUAUUUGGGAUUCUUCGAGUUUCUAUGAGUUUGAACAUAAACAAAAGCUGCAAGAAUAAAUUGGAGAGUAUGAUUGGUUCACAGUUGGAUCAAGCAACAUUAGAUAAUCUGCUUGUUCCUUCUCCCUAUGGGAUUAAUUACUUAUACGAUGUGAAUCUUGUCCUGAGAUUUCUGAAAGCAUUUCUAAAUGGAAGAAGCAGUCAAUUAUCUGCUAUACGAUUGAGGAAAGUUGCAAGCCUGAUGGAUUUGUAUAUGGCAGAAGUAGCCCCAGAUCCUUGUUUAAAACCUUCAAAGUUCCAGGCUAUAGCCAUGGCCCUGCCUGAUUCAGCUAGGGACUCUUGUGACGAACUUUACCGAGCUAUGGACAUGUAUCUAGAGGUACAUGCAGGAUUGCCAGAUGAAGAAAAGUUAAAGAUAUGUUGUGCAUUGAAUUAUGAGAAGCUCUCAGCUGAAAUUUACAUACACCUUUCUCAGAACACAAAAUUUCCAUCAAAAGCUACUGUCCAAGGUGUUGUUUCUCAGCAGUACAAACUCAAAAGCUUACUCCAAGGAACAAACAUUUCUCAACAGGACACUGAUUUGUCCUGUACUUCGAUUGAAAUUAGAAGCAAGGGAAAGAAAGAUGAAACCAGUGAACAAGUUGUGCUUUAUGCUGGGAAACUUGAUGUUAUAUCCGAUAAUGAGAAACUCAAAGCACAUUUGCAAGGAAUGCAAUGGAGGGUAAUGGAAUUGGAAAAAGUUUGUAGAAAAAUGCAAACGCAGAUGGCAAAGAUCAUGAAAUCAAGAGUAUCAAGCCAUGGUCAUUCAAGAUCCUUGCCCAGGCUUUGUUCAUGAUGCAACUUUUGCAUAUUAUUUGUAUUUCUGAUGUAAUUUAUAUUUGUAUAGCAAGGGGAAUGUUUUUUCUUUUGGGGGUGUUUUAACACUUUUUCUUUCUUUUCUACAAAGCUAAAUUUGGGGAGAGUAGUUUCUUUUACAGAGAUUGAGAUCAUGUUGUACAGUCACAGAAAAGAAAGAAUAGUGAAUUUUUUCAUGAAUGUUAUAUUAUAAUUCUCUGUAAUGUUGUGAGAGAGAUUUCAAGGUGAAGUCCUUUUCAUUGUAA